AAACCCGGAGCACAUGAACUUCGCCGCACCCCUCGUAUAAGCCAAACAAAGCGUUCUGUACAGGGGGCCAACACCACUUUGAUUCAUAUACUAUAACCUCCCCUUCCUUUCUUUGUCGAGAUCCGUCCUUUCACAAAGACAUCAUUGCAAGGUCGACUACCUCCAUUCGUUCAUCGAUCGACAUGUCCACAUCAUACCUGUCCGCAAUGCCCAGCUCGACCUACCCCCACACAUACAGCAACAUGGACUCGACGACAUUACCGCAGCUGAGCCGGGAGGAGCUCAACGCCGCCGCUCUCGAGACGUUUGUUUACAAUGCUGUUACCGAACCCAUGAUCGAGUACCUGGCCAUGAAGACGAGCGAGGUCAUUGCAUGCGAUAGCCCCAAGAAGAACGAGCCCACGGAUUCUGACGAGGGUCCUAUGCCAACCCUCAAGGAGUUCAUCACUCGCUUGGUAGUCUGUUCCAACGUCCAGGUCCCCACUCUGAUGUCUUCCCUGGUCUACCUCACCCGACUCAAGGCUCGCCUGCAGCCUCACGCCACUGGCCGCCGUAGCACUCCGCAUCGCAUCUUCCUGGCCACUUUGAUUCUGGCCGCUAAGUACCUGAACGACAGCUCUCCCAAGAACAAGCACUGGGCCAGGUACACAUAUGUACCCGUCAUCUCCAAUGACGGUAGCGGCGUCGUUGCCGACUUCUCUUUCCGCACUGCAGAGGUCAACGAGAUGGAGAGGCAGCUGCUUUGCCUGCUCGGCUGGGAUCUGAGGAUUGAGGAGCAGGAUCUUUACCGCGAGUUUGAUGUUUUCCUCGAGCCCAUCCGCCGGGACGUGGCCGACCGCUUCGCCCGCCGCCAGCGCCGCAAGUACGAGGAGCGUGUCCGUCUCGAAUAUCUCCAGAAGGAGGAGGCCGCUGCCCGUGCACGUGCCCGCGAUGCCUCGCCCUCGCAUUCUACGAGCUCCCGUGGCAGCUCGCCUGCAUCUUCUGCCUCGUCCCGCACCGGGGGUCGCUCAGCCAGCAGCUCGAUUUCAUCUGGCAGCUCGCGCAGCGCAUCCCCAUAUGCGCCCAGCCUCACCUACUCGGCUGGCCAGAGCCCCGCUAGCUCUUUGUCGAGCCGUGCGACUACCCCCGAGAGGGACGACCAAUCCUACGUCUACUGCGGGUCUGAGGAGAACCAGUCUGUCCCCUCUGAGCAGAAGAGGCCGCACAUCCUUGGCCGCCUCGCCGCCGCUUUCCAGUCUCGCUGAGCACUCAUCCAUCGCAUACUUGUUUUGUGUCAUCAAACUUUUCUCUUUUCCAUGCAACAAAAAGCAAAGCGAGGCGUUGGUGGAGCGUUAUUAUUUUGUUUCUGGUGCUCGAAUGCAUCCAUUUCGCUUCUAUUCCUUAUGUGAUGUUUCUUUCCUUUUCUUUCCUUUUUCCUUUGUUUCUAGUUCAUUUUUGGGAUGGUCAACGACGGCGCUCGUUUGGGAUAUGUGGGCUCAGACCGGUACAGGAGUUUUUGGCUUUUAUGGCUUGGGUUGCAUUUGCUUUUAUUGUUUUGCAUUCUGGAGGUAUACCUUGGUUGGGCGAGAUACUAAUGACACGAGAAACAUCACUGGCGUGAUACAAUCUCAUAGCAUGGUUAGGCUGUAUGGUGUUUGCUUUCCAACGAUUCUACUUUAUUCAAUUUGCUUCUCCUCUUCUAGCAGUCUGCGUUUUUACUUGUAAUGCCCACGGGAGGAUAUACCACCAGUAAACUCUGGUUUCGAGCGCAGUUGCCUUCACAUAGAAUGAAAAAUGACAUCAAGGCGGUCGACCGCUUCUACCAAGUUCAAAGUUCCCCGCAUUGGUUUUUUAGGA